GCCUCUCUUCCUAGAGUGAUUCCAUCCAAGACGAAACAUUUUCUCCACAACCUCAAAGAAAACUUGGGGAAACUUACCCCGAAUCUGGUGGCGAAUCAGCUUGACUGACUCACCUAUUAAUGUGACUGGCAAUUAUUUACUUUGGAUGCCUCUGAAAAAUACUACCAGAUUGCAGAAUUCAGAAUUAUCUAGAAACCCAUCAUCCAAUCUCACAUUUCCUGAUUCUCAUACUAUAAAAGAGGCUACCUGCUUGGCAGAAACAAGGAGGAGAGAAGAGGAGACCAAAACAGCCACUGAGUCAGUGAGCAGCCCAGACAGCAAGAGCGAUGUUGCAGAUCCAGAGCCUUGUUGUCCUCUGUGGGCUGCUGGCUCAGACCAGGGCCCAGCUAGACAGCCUGCCUUUAUCCCUGGGCCAGGGCCUGCCCUUGGCCGUCACCCCAGCUCUUCCCUCGAAUCCUACAGAUCAUCUUGCUGGAAGCUUCACAGAUGCUCUCAGUGGUGGCCUGCUGUCUGGAAACCUGCUGGGCAUUCUGGAAAACCUUCCAAUCUUGGACAUCCUGAAGUCUGGAGGAGGCAGUUCUGGUGGCCUGGUUGGGGGUCUGCUCGAAAAAUUGACGUCAUCAAUUCCUCUCCUAAACAACAUCAUCGACAUAAAAGUCACAAACCCCCAGCUGCUGGAACUGGGCCUUGUACAGAGCCCAGAUGGCCAUCGCCUCUAUGUCAACAUCCCUCUGGGCCUGACGCUCAAAGUGAAAAUGCACCUGAUUGGCGAUCUGCUGGAGCUGGCUGUGAGGCUGAACAUCACUGCGGAAGUCUUAGCUGUGAAAAACAAUCAGGGGAGGAUCCACCUGGUCCUCGGUGACUGCACCCACUCCCCUGGCAGCCUGAGAAUCUCCCUGAUGAAUGGAGUCGUCCCCUUCCCCCUUCAGAGCCUUCUGGACAACCUCACGGGAAUCUUGACUAAAGUCCUUCCGGAGCUGGUGCAGGGCAAGGUAUGCCCUCUGGUCAAUGGGGUUCUCAGCCAACUGGAUGUCACCCUGGUGCAUGACAUUGCUGACUUACUGAUCCACGGCUUGACAUUCGUCAUCAAGGUCUAGGCCUCCUGGGAAGGAGCCCGCCUCAGCGGAGCCAAAACAUUUCUUGCUGCUCAGCCUACAGCCUCCUGCCCAGCUUCCGAGCCUGCAGGAGGCAGAGCACGUCCCGGAGCAUCACGAGGCUGCCUUCUCCUCCCCAGGGAACCUGCCCCACUCCUUUCCCUCUAGGCAUGAGUGCCAACACCCCAUGUUCCUCAGUAAAUAAAGGACUCUCCCUCCGCA